AUGUCCAUCUCAAAAGAAGAAUUCAACAAAGCUGAACAAGAAGCUCAAGCUAAGGCAGCUGAAGAAGCCGUUAAAGAAAAUGAUCAAGUCGAUGAUACCACUGUCACAAAACCUUCAACAAGAUCUUCUGAAGAUAAUCAUCAAUUCCAUUCUCCUUUAAAUUCAAAUGCAAUCAUCACUAUAUCAACUGAUGAACCAAUAGAUAUUCAACCUUUAUUGAAAACUCAUGAAACUUUUGAAUUGUUACCAAGUGUCCCACCUUUCAUCAAGAUAAAAUUCAUUGACAAGAAUGAAGCUACAAAUCUAAAAGAUGAAAUCUUGUUGAAAUAUCCAGAUCUUGAAAUUAAUGUUGAAUAUGAUGCCUUGACUCAUCCGGGGAAUAUUUAUGUUCGUGGGUUAUUACCAGAGAUUACAACUCAAGAUUUAUAUAAAAUCUUUGAACCAUUUGGUGAAAUUACUUCAUUGAAAAUCGUUAAUGAUGAGUUUGGUCGUUCAAAAGGUUAUGGGUUUAUAAAUUUUGUUGAUGGAGAUUCCGCUGAUGAAGCUAUAACAAAAUUGAAUGGAUUGUUAGUUAAUGGUUCAAAAUUAUAUUUGAAUCAUCAUAUUGCUAAAAAGGAAAGACUUGAAAGAAUGGAUUUUGAAAAAUCAAAUUUUACAAAUCUUUAUAUCAAGAAUUUACCAAUUGAUUAUACUUUGGAAUUGUUUAAUCAAUUAUUUGAAAAAUUUGGUGAGAUUAAUUCAACUUUUUUACCUGAAUUACCGGAACAUGAAUUGAAUAACCCAACUUCGAAAAGAUUUGGAUUUGUUAAUUUUAAAAACCAUGAAUCUGCUAUUGCUGCAAUUGAAGAAUUAAACAAUAAGGAAAUCUCACCAAAUCAUUUACUUUCAGUUUCAAGAGCUCAACGUCGUGACGAAAGAAAUGAUCAUCAUAACAACAAUGUUAAUUCAUUCAGAAACAAUUCAAUCUCACCAACACCAGCUCCACUAAUUUUCCAAUCACCACCUCCUAUAAUAUCAACAAACCCAAUCCCAACCGCUUUACCUCCAAAUUUAAUCACUUCUCCUCAAUUACAACAUCCUAUCUCUGCAACUCCAUCACAGGGAACAACACCAAUAAUACCAUUACCACUCCCAGGUCCAAAUCAUCAACAAUCAAACCUAUACGUUAAAAACCUAUCACCAACAAUUGAUGACAAUGCUCUACAUUCAGCUUUUGCUCCCUUUGGUAUAAUUGUUUCAGCAAAAGUUAUGACAACAGAAGAUGGUUCCUCAAGAGGAUUUGGAUUCGUUUGCUUCAGAACCAGUCCAGAAGCUUCAAGAGCCCUAUUGGCAAUGAAUGGUAAUGUCUUGGAUGGUAAUAUCUUGCACGUUUCAUUUGCUCAAAAGAAUUCAAGAAGAAAAUUCCAAUCAAAUCCUCCACAUCAACAAAGAAUGGAGUAUCCUUAUUACUACAACCAAUAUCAAACAGCUGAGUUUGCACCAAUGUACUAUGGCGGUAAUGGUAAUGCUCCUCCUGGUGGAGCUCCUCCUCCUCCUCAAACACCUGGUCAUUUAGCCACUGGGUUACCAAAUGGUAAUAACGGAUACAUACCCUAUAACGCGGUGAGAUAUUCAAAUAAUGGAAAUGGGUUUAACAAGUAUAAUGGGUUUAAGAAUUAUAACAAUGGUUUUAACAGAGUUCAACAACAACAGAAACAACAAUCAAGUGAUGAAAGGAUUAAUUCUGAAUAUAGUAAAAAAAUUGGGAAAUUAACUUCAGAAAUCUCAUCAAUUGGUGAAGAUAAUGAUGAUGUUAAAAUUGAAAAAAUUUCAAAAUUUUUAAUCAUUCCAAAACUGUUGGAAAAUGGACAAAUUGAAAAUGUUGAAUUGAAGGCUAAAGAUUUUUUACAGAGACAAGUUGAUGAUUAUAAACAACAGCAACAGGAUGAUGGUGCUGAUUCAAGUGAUGUUUAUUUAGAUAUCAUUAAUGAUUGGGCUAAUGAUGAAAAUUCUUUGAUUCAAUCACUUGAAAAAUUAUCGUUAUAA